AUGGACAACAUGCGCGAGUUACUGGCAGGCGCGAUGUCGCUAGCCUCAUGGAAGACACUCGCCUUGCUUCUGGCGGUCCUCAAUCUGAAAAGUCUCCCAUUGAUAUGGCAUUUCCGUCUGCUGUACCACUUCGUGGGCAAUUUGCGUUUAAAACCCAGCGCGCCCUUGUUUCCCAAGGGCAAAGCUAUUGUGGACGCUCAAGGCAGACCGACCCACCCAGUCUUCGUGCCAUGUAUGGUCACGUCCCGCACACCGUUGCUGGAGACUGAUUACAAUCUGCACAAGUCAAAUAGCACAUAUUUCACAGACCUGGACGUUUCACGUACAGCGCUCGUGAGUCGCAUCUACAGCCCUGGCGUGGGCAUGGUCAGCAAGGAGCUAGAUCAGGAGUUCCUAGCCGCGAGUAAGAAAGACGGCAAGCCUGCCCCAAGGCGCAAGCCUGUGUCAAUUGUGCUCGGAUCAGUUUACUGCACAUUUAAGCGCGAAAUCAAGCCGUUUGAACUAUAUGAGAUGCACUCCAAGGUGAUUUCUUGGGAUAAGAAAUGGAUGUACAUUCUGACUUGCUUCAUGCGACCUGCUCGCCGCGGCGGCGAAAAGACGGUGCUUGCUGUGGCUGUGAGCAAGUACGUGGUCAAAAAGGGUCGGUUGACUGUUCCACCGGAACGGCUCCUGCGCGCUAGCGGGUUCCUUCCCGCUCCGCCAGAGAGUGAAGCCAAGACCGCUCUGGCUGACUCCGCCGAGGCUUCUGGCCUUGACACCCCUGGUAGUGGCGAUGGUAUCACAGCCACUGGAGGUGUUGAUGGAUCAUUGGUUCAAGAGGUGUUGAAAAUGAACGACGAUCAAAUCCCCGGGCAGGAAGUACUUGAGAAGCAGCAGAAGGACAACAAUGACUCGUGGAGUUCUAAAGAAUGGACAUGGGAGCGCAUCGAUCAAGAAAGGCUGCGGGGCUUGGAGGUUGUGGAUGGAUAUACAACUUUGGAUACCAAGCUUUAUGAUGAAUGGGUGCAAUAG